AUGAAGUCCUUCCUCAACGAUUUCUGCCAAUUUCUUCGUAAAUACAAGACCUCAAUGCAAACCGCUUUAUUGCUUCUUUUCAUCUUUUUCUUUGUGACACUUUACAAGAUCCAAUACAAAACAGGUAUCGAGAUCAUUCCCUUUCUGCCAAUUGAUGUCAGUGGAUUUGAUCAAUACAAUGAGAAUCUUUUGGUCGAUAUCGAUAUCUCAGAGUCGGCGUUGAGCCAGCAAAAGAAAGGAUUUCUUUUCUGUUGGGUGAUGACCGCUCCGAUUCAUCACACAUCAAGAGUGAAAGCCGUCAAUUCAACCUGGUUACCCAAAUGUGAUGCUGGUCAUUUUUACACUACAAAUGGGCAUCAUCUCUCGCAAAAAAUUCCUUUUCAUACAAUAUUCAAUGCUUUACCCGAUAGUUACUUUAAAUUAUUUUGGAAAACACGUUUGGCUCUUCUUUAUUCAUAUAAACAUGUAUCAAAAGAAUUUGAUUGGUAUUUUAAAGGCGAUGAUGAUACUUAUGUCGUUGUGGAUACUUUAAGGGAAUAUUUGAAACAAUUCGAUCACAAUAAACCAUUCUAUAUUGGAUAUCGGUUGAAGAGGAGAAUGCCUGAGCACGGCUACAAUGCGGGCGGUUCAGGCUAUGCGAUGAGUCGAGCGGCGAUGAAAAUCUUUGCCGAUGAGCUCUAUCCGUCAAAAGAUCUUUGUCCAUAUCAUGAAUGGGAAGAUUUAGCGAUUGCUAGAUGCCUUGGUUCAAAAGGAAUUCGUCCAACAGAUACCCGGGACUCAAAAGGAAGACAACGAUUCCUUGCAUGGCGUCCUGAAGAGCAUUUCAAUGGAGAUCUCACAAGGAGUUUCAUCUAUGAUAAAGUUGAACACAAGGGAUUCGAGAUCUAUCACGAGAAUUUGAUCAGUCUUCAUCAUUUACAGCCAGAUGAGAUGAGAUUGAUUCACGGGAUAUUGUACGGAGUCUCUAGCGCAAUCAACAAGCAAGUCGAGACACCAAGCACUCCUUUGGAGACAUCAUUGAGUCCUCCAAAUGGAACGAUUAUUCAA